AUGCAGGCCAUCAAGCUCGGAAAGAAGUACCCAGACCUCAAGCAGGACGAGAUAUUCGACCUCAUCAACAAGUUCAAGCAGAUUGACGUGGACGACAAGGGGAGCUUGGACAAGGCGACUGUCAUUGCAUCGCUUCAAUCUUCUGGUGAUGCCGACUACGACUCUGCCCGAGAGACCCUCAAGAACGUCAAUGUUGAUUCUUCAGGCAAAGUCGAGCUAGAGGAUUGGGUCCAGCUGCACUCUCUUCUGAAAGCCGCAAAGACUAACCCUGUGCUUGAACACAACAAGGGCCGAAUCUCUGUCAAGGGCACUGCCGGUACCAAUGCCCAGCACUCUAUGAAUGAAGAUGAGAGAGCAUCAUUCACCGACCAUAUCAACACUUCGCUCGCCGCAGACCGAGACAUCGGCCACCUUCUCCCCAUCCCCACCAACACGAUGCAGCUCUUUGACGAAGUGCGAGACGGUCUCAUUCUCUGUAAACUCAUCAACGACUCUGUGCCCGAAACCAUCGAUGAGCGGGUCCUCAACAAGCCCGCCGUCAAGGCUGGCAAGGCCCGUCCUCUCAACGCUUUCCAGAUGACGGAAAACAACAACAUUGUGAUUACCUCUGCCAAGGGUAUCGGAUGUUCAGUCGUCAACAUUGGUCCUCAAGAUUUGAUCGAAGGAAGAGAGCAUUUGAUCUUGGGCUUGAUCUGGCAGGUCAUCAGGAGGGGUCUUUUGAGCAAGAUUGAUAUCAAGAUUCACCCCGAGCUCUAUAGAUUGUUGGAAGACGAUGAGACCCUGGAGGAGUUUUUGAGGUUGCCCCCCGAUCAGAUCUUGCUGAGAUGGUUCAACUACCACCUCAAGGCCGCUGGGUGGCACAGACGGGUUGAGAACUUUUCUCGUGACGUUUCUGACGCCGAAAACUACACUGUCCUUCUCAACCAGCUCAAGCCCGACGAGUGUUCUCGAGCCCCUCUCCAGACCUCUGACCUUCACCAGCGGGCCGAGCAAGUGUUGCAGAACGCCGACAAGAUUGGAUGUCGUAGAUUCCUUACCCCCAACUCUCUCGUCAACGGUAACCCCAAGUUGAACUUGGCCUUUGUCGCCAACCUCUUCAACACCUGGCCAGGCCUCGCCCCUCUUGAAGAGACUGAAGCUCCUCCUCCCAUCGAGGACUUUGACGCCGAAGGCGAGAGGGAAGCCCGAGUCUUUACGCUCUGGCUCAACUCUUUGGAUGUCGAGCCGGGAGUUUACAACUUGUUUGAAGACCUCAAGGACGGUACUAUCCUCCUACAAGGCUUUGACAAGGUCAUUCCCGGCUCUGUCAUCUGGCGCCGAGUCUCCAAGCCUCGCGAGGGUCAAGAACUGUCCCGCUUCAAGGCUGUCGAAAACACAAACUACUCUGUCGAUCUCGCCUCUGCCAACGGCAUGCACAUGGUCGGUAUUCAGGGUUCCGACAUUGUCGACGGUACUCGUACUUUGGUGCUUGGUCUGGUCUGGCAGUUGAUGAGGUUGAGCAUCAACCAGACUUUGGCGAGCAUCUCAAAGAACGGCAAGGGAGUGACCGAUCAGGAUAUCAUCAAGUGGGCGAAUGAGACUGUCAAGAGUAGCGGCAAGAGCAGUGCCAUGAGAAGCUUCAAGGACCCCAGUCUUUCGACCGCUGUCUUCUUUUUGGAUCUGUUGAACGGUGUGAGGCCUGGUAUUGUGGACUACAGUCUAGUCACACCGGGCACGAAUGAGGAAGAAAAGAGGAUGAACGCCAAGUUGGCCAUCUCUAUUGCGCGAAAGUUGGGUGCUUUGAUCUUUUUGGUUCCCGAAGGCAAGUCCACCGGUAGCUCUCCAGACGACACAGCUGACAGUAUCGUUCCAGACAUUGUCGACGUUCGCCCACGACUGAUCCUUACUUUCGUCGGCGCCCUCUGGAGCGCUUCUUUGCAGUAG